AUGGGUGUUCCCCGUGCGGAAGCACAGAUUAUGGCUGCUCAGGUUAUGCGGGGUAUGUCUCCUAUGGUGCUUGAUGGUGGGCACCCGUCUUUGCUCAAAGAGCAGAUUUGCACCCCUGGUGGGCGUACCGCGGGAGGAUUGCUUGUGCUUGAGGAGAAUGGUGUUAGAGGGAGCAUUGCUCGCUCGGUACGAGAGGCUGCUGUUAUUGCUAGUCAGCUUGGGCAGGGGAUCAAGAAUGUCAAUGGCACGCGGCAUUAG